CUCCUGGCCUCAGCCGGAGAGAAUAUUUUCUGACCUGAAUGAACAAUACAACAAACUACAUAGAGAAAUGAAGCGGUAGAGAGAUGGAUAGCUACCGUUAUAGUGAACAACAUUUUACAUUUCCGGCCUGACUUUAAAAUAAUCGUGUCAUGAAUAUUGUAGUCAUCUUUUUGGCGAUCUCCUUACCAAGUGUAGUUAUCGGGAAUAAAGGUAAGACACAUAACAUAAUUUUAGUAACCAAACUCUAAAAACGUGCUCCUGACCAACAAUUAAGAAUUCGAACUAAACAUUAAUGGUAAUUCCAAAUAAUUCAGUUAUCACUAAAUUUAUUUAACGCACAAUGGAAGUCUUUCAGAAAACUGUUUACCCGCCCAUGAGUCACCAAACCAUGGAUUGACAUAGAAUCGAUAACUCUGAUGAAUCGCACCCUUUCUAAAACAGACCAAGCGCUCAUCUCGACCAAAAUCGAUCUUCACUGGAUAUCAGUCAAAUAAUUUCUGUAACUAUACCCUAGACAUAGUACAAAGCCUUGUUCUUAACGCGUACAAAUUCAAAUUUCCCUUGAAGCCUUUUAAGGUUUCACUCUUAUCUUAUUCGUAUCGAUAAGCGGCCUUAAUAAGGCUAAGCAUUUUUUCGUCCUUUCUUACUUGCAGAGCAUGUAUCCUUGAUUUUCGUGGGAGAUAUUUAUUUCGCUGGCCCGGUUAAAUAUUACGUGGAGCGUAAGCAUUACACAUACAAUGACUCUUUCAAUGAAGUGGCUCCAUAUAUCAGAGAUGCUGAUAUAUCUGUGUGUAAUUUGGAAUCUCCAUUCGUCAACGGAGAUGUUUAUACCCACAUGUUCAAAGGUGAAAAGACAGUUCUACUCAGUGCUAACAAGGAUGCUGCAUCAUCGCUGAGGUAUACAAGAUGAAUUUAUCAUAAAUCCCUCGCCGGGCGACGCUUAUAGAAAAAUUGUUAAGUAAGAGACCAGUAUUUACAUUAAGAGAGGAUCCAAUUACUCUCUCUUGUCAUUGUUUUCAGGGGAAACGGGGAACAAAUCAGACGACGCCAACAAAGCAUAAGGAAAGGGGGCUACUAUAUGGAGAAUUGACGGAGGGGGGGGGGGGAGAAACAUAAGAAUAUUAUAGAACCUCAUGGUGGAUCAGAUAAAUUUUAUCGUGACACAAGCUAAUUAGAAGUGUUGAAAGUAAUCUGAUAUUGAAUUAGCUUCAUUCAUUUUGUUGUAUUAAUUGUUGGUGUGGGAAACCUUCUCUUCCUUGCUCUAUCAGCCUUUGUAAUGACCGACAGUUGUGGUUAUUAUAGCUUUAUUACGAUAUCGCUGGCAGUGCCCAAGAGAAAUAUGAAGGAAAUCCUGCGUUCUAAUUGGCUAUCUGAGCGGGAAAGAUUUGCCCAUCGUUCUUUUGUUGUGUUUUAUAGACCUCGACUUCCUCUCGGUUCAUAAUAACGCAAAAAAAUAACUCAGUCAAUUUCCAGCCAUCUUGACCUCACACAUAUAUCGACACGUAAUGGAGGGUCUCAAUGGGGUGAUAGCAUCUACGGCUAACAGUAAAAAGUUUGGCUAAUUUACGGUUACGGUUAACCCAAAAUGACACAAAAUUACUCACUGGAAAAAUGAAACAUUUUUGUGGUUAUUUUCUUUUUACCAGCUAUUUGGGAAGUUAUAAAAGACUCGAUAGUAACGUCGUCCGUGUCGUAUAACUCCACCAGUAUUCUGCUAUAAUCGGUUCAGAGGGACGAAUUUCACGACUGUGACAGCUUGUUUAUUUUUCUAAAUUUUGCUCAAUAACACCAACCCCUAAUAAAAGUUCUCACAUUAAAAAAAAAAUCAUACCGUUUUGGCUAAAGUUGUAGUUAAGUCAGUUUACAACUGUUCUUAAGUGCACGUAGUCUUGACAGUUUGUUCGUCCUGUAGUUUUGCAGGAUUUAAUGCUGUAACACUCGCCAAUAAUCAUUUAAACGAUUUUGGAGCCGAAGGAGCCAAUUUUACUGCGGAAGUACUUAAAGAGACAGGAAUACCAUACUUUGGGAUAAGUUUUGGCGACUAUCUUUCCUCUCAGGUACAUAGAAAAUAACUGGCUUUAAAUUUCUGUAUGUUACACCAUAUUGUUCUUGUCAGUCUGAAAACUCAAAUCAUACAGUUUAAGAUUAUCCUAUCCACUAUCUACCCCUAGAAACUCGUAUUGGCAACUUUUCACGUAACUUUUUGAUUGGUUUCAAUUUUCCAUUUCUUUAGGAACCACUCAUUAUGAAAAGGAAAGGAAUCACUUUUGGAUUUCUCGGUUACUGCGACAUGCCAUCGCCUUUUAAGAAUUGCUCUCAAAUGAGAAUGUUGUUUACUUCUGGUCCUGCCAUUUAUCGAGAUGACGUUGCCACAAGGGACGUUAACAAGUUAAAGGUUUCAACCGCAGUGCUAAAGAUAAACUUAACAUAAAUAAUUCCAGCUUUUAAGACGUUCUCACCAGUCCAAUUUUUGGUUAUCUAGAACUUAGAACUCUACCAUAAAUGGUGAUUUAUUAAUCGACGAAGUCAAAAUGAUUUGAUUUCCAUUUUUUCCAUAAUGACUCAAGUAAGUUUGUGUGCGCGUUAAUUUUGGCGGUGCAUUAGCCUCGAAAAAUACAUCUCAAGUAGCUAUUCGCGAGGACCUUUCUGGUAAGCGGGAGGCUAAAAUUAUAUAAACAAUAGCUUCCUUUUAGCUCGAAAAUGCACUCGGGUAUUUGUCCGCGCCUGCUAUCUAUUCCGAGUAAGUCUCGAUGAACAGAGAAUGUCCAAAGAAAAAUUUUUAAGAACACUUUUUCGCUUCAAAUAUAAGCUAUUCUGUUUAUUAUGCUUCAAAUGUUUUUGCAACGUGUGGGAACUUUUCAGUGUAGUACAGUACGAUUUUUCCAACAUUCAAAUAUGUCGCUUUUCUGGGAAAAGAGUUAAACGCUCAUUCAUUUUGAUUUAAAUUUGAAACGAAUGAUUCCAUCAUAGUAGACGUAAGGUUUCAGAAUUGGGGAAUGUUACUUAGGGUAUAUCCUCAGAUAUUUCCCAGUUUUAUCCGGGGUAUAUUCGAUCAUGUGAUGCGUUUAGAUCAGUCACGUGCGAGAAAAACUAUUUGAUGGAUUAUAAAAACGUACAAUUUCAACAUCGCUACUCUAUUUUUUUCAAAGGCUAAAGUUGACAUCAUAGUUGUAUUCAUGCAUUAUGGAAUAGAAACGAGCUUAAGACCACUCCCCUACCAGAUUGAUAUCAACAAACACUUGUUGUCUCUCGGCGUGGAUAUAAUCAUUGGAGCCCAUCCGCACGUGGUACAGGGACAUUGUGUCAAGCAUAACAAGCUUAUUGAGGACAGCUUGGGGAAUUUCCUAUUUCAUCCGUGUCCUUAUAGACGGGGAAGCAAUCCAGUUACGUAUUUAUCCGUUCAACCUGUUUACUAAUUCUUUUCCUCCCUUUUUCUUUUUUCUUCUUGUGUUUUAAUUCAUGUAUAUUUUUAUUAUUCUAUUCCCACCUAUAGCCAUCCUGCAUCUUAUUUCAUAAAUUAUUUGUGGACCAGCUACUAUUUAUCGCCUAAGGGGGAGGUUUAGGAUCACAUGGAUUUUAGAGGGGAAGGGAGAAGCUAUCAGCCGUCGCUAACAGAGUACAAAAGGGCAUACCAUAAGGAUAUUACAGAACCUCAGAGGACUCUGGUAAAUUUUAUUGUGAUAGGGUGACACGACAAAAUCCUCCGACCCUCCCCCCCUGGGGAGGGUCGGAAGGUCGGAGGGUCGGAGGGUCGGAUCCCUGAUUUCUAAUUGGUUUGUUCAUAACUUUCUUAGCAAGCAAAACAUUUUUCCCCUCCUGCCCGUCAAUUGAUGCAUUGCUCUCUUUUUUUCUCGAAGAUUGUGUAUGGAGGUUUUGGCAAAAAGCCGUGUGAAGUUGAAAUUGAGUCCUACGAGCAUUACGCCUUUGGAAAUAGCAACGACUUAAGAAUUUCCCGGAUGCUCAAAGUCAACGUUUCAAGGUACAAGUCACAGCUAUUUAUUAUUCUUCAUUUAAUUAAUUGUUUUCAAACAAUGAAAGAAUUGUUUUCCUUAGAAAUAGACUUCAUGCUGGAAAAUGUGGCUCAAUUCAUUUUUUUUUCACUAAUCUUAAAAUAAUGUUCUUUAUUUUCAUUUCGUAGGAAAGGUGUGGUUAAUGCAAAGUAUUUGCCUCUUAGAAUCAAAUUUAAUCACAAAACCAAAAGACUUCACCCUAAGCCUGAAAAGAAUGCUCAAUGGAUUGAAGUCUGUGGAGCUGAGGACGAUAAAUGCCAAUGUCGCAACGAGAUCAUUGCGACCAGAAAAGUAGCUAGCAAGCGCCUUAUAUAUAAUUAG